AUGGUUUCUAUUGAAGCUGAAGUCUGCAGUACAGACACAGUCGCAUAUGACUGGUAUAAAGGAUUCCAACGGUUAACACAUGUCGGCUAUGCCACAGUACCUGGACCACGCAAGCCGCAGAUAGUGGACCUCAGUCGCGAACUAUACCAUCGCAGCCCAGCGCAUCCCUUCCAUCCCCCCGUCUGCAUUACACCAUGGGACAUUCACCAGCCGAUGAAAGCCGGCAAUACAGUCUUCAGAUCCGCAUCGUACUAUCUGUCCAUGUCCGACCACGCCGGUACACAUGUAGACGCACCAAAACACUUUGGUCCAGGAGGCGUCGGUAUCGAUCAGAUGCCGCUUGAAGACUUCUACACCGAGGCCAUAUGUCUAGACCUCUCGCAUGUCGAGCUCAAGGCCAGCAUCUCCGUCGCGGAAAUGGAAGACGCUCUCUCACAGUCGGGCGAAGAGAUUAAGUCGGGUGAUACAGUGCUAUUGUACAUGGCUUUCAACAAGCGCGUUCCGUUCUCGGACCCGCGGUGGCAGCACGACUUCCCUGGCCUUUCGCUCGAAGCAGUUCACUGGCUUGCAGAUAAGGGCUGCAAGAUCUUUGGCGUUGAAGCGAUUAGUCCGGCGCCAGAGGGCGAGUUGAACUUCCAGGCGCAUAACGCGUGUGGCGAGAGAGGCAUUACGCAUAUCGAGGGUCUCGACAACCUUGAGCGGGUGGUGGGAAAGGGAAGGUUCAGAUUCAUCGGCUUUCCGCUCAAGAUUCGCGACGGUAGCGGUGGGCCGAUGCGAGCAGUGGCCUUGUUUGAGUAG